AUGCAGAUCAUGGACGGUGCAGGGGUGGAGCAGGUGCGCAUGGACAUGGGCAAGAACCAGGUGACGGGGACGGGGACCAUGGACGCCAAGGCCCUGCCGGAGAAGCUGCGGCGCCCCGUGGACGUGGUGGCGCCGGGCAAGGACAAGGACGGCAAGGAGAAGGGCGGGAAGGAGGGUGGCGGCAAGGACGGGAAGGACGCGGCGACCAAAGUGCUGACGGUGGAGCUGGAGGCGUGGAAGGCCGCCUUCUACGUCCAGCAGUCGCUGAUCAACGCUGAGUUCAUGCUCAGCGACGAGAACCCCAACGCCUGCGCCGUCAUGUGA